UAUAGAAGUGGCAAUGCCGCAAUGCCACGCUGAUAAUUUGACAGUAAACAGCUGACAGAAUGAGUGGAGAAGGUUCAAUGAACGAGGAGCUCAAAAAGCUUACAAAAAAUGAUAAAUAUUCUAUUCUUUUACCGACUUACAACGAGCGAGACAAUUUGCCCAUAAUCAUUUGGCUUAUUGUUAAGUACAUGGAGAAAAGCCAAAGUGCUUACGAAGUGAUCAUUAUCGAUGAUGGUUCACCUGACGGGACAUUGGAGGUAGCUAAAGAGCUUCAGAAAAUAUAUGGCGAGGAUAAAAUUCUUUUGAGGCCUAGGGAAAAGAAGCUUGGUUUAGGAACUGCUUAUAUGCAUGGAAUCAAACAUGCCAGUGGAAAUUUCGUUAUCAUAAUGGAUGCUGAUCUCUCUCAUCAUCCGAAAUUCAUUCCCAAAAUGAUAGAGCUUCAGAGAUAUCUAGACUUGGAUAUUGUCAGCGGCACCAGAUAUAUUGGAGAUGGUGGUGUUUAUGGAUGGGAUUUUAGAAGAAAAUUAAUCAGCAGAGGUGCUAACUUCAUUACUCAAUUGUUACUCAGACCUGGAGCAAGUGAUCUAACUGGAAGCUUUAGACUGUAUAAAAAAGACGUCUUGGAGAAGCUGAUUAAAUCCUGCGUAUCCAAGGGUUACGUUUUUCAAAUGGAAAUGAUCAUCAGAGCAAGGCAAUUUAAUUAUCAGAUAGGAGAAGUUCCUAUUUCAUUCGUGGACAGAGUUUACGGGGAAUCAAAAUUAGGUGGUUCUGAGAUAUACCAAUUUGUAAAAUCAAUGUUGUAUCUUUUUGCCACUACGUAGGAUUGUUAUUGAUUACCCACUCCCUGAAUGCAAUGUAAUAACCGAUGUCUGAUACAUUAUGGCACACGAUACUG